AUGGGCCACGAGGAGGAGCUAAGCGCGGAGCAGAUAGAUACCAAGCUAACGCCACUACAGGCUGCACUGCGUCGCACCUGGAGUGACUUCUGUGCUACCAGCAGCAUACAUGGCUUGAAGUAUACGCGCGACAAGGACACCAAUCGCAUUGCGCGCUUUGUCUGGAUGCUCAUCUCGUUGGUGAUGUUUAUUUGCGGCAUUGUCAUGGCGCACACUUUCUAUGCGGACUAUAGGCGAAGUCCAACGCGCAUGAAUGUGGAAAGCGACCACACGCCUGUGAGCAAGCUCUACUUUCCGCCCAUAACCAUUUGUCCCGAGGUGCUGUUCAACAUGGACAAGUCCAAGGCGUUUCUGCAGCAGCUUAAAUUACCGCAGGGCAUAGAAGCGCAGCAUGUGCUGGGCGAGCUGCACAUGUUUGCGGGCUUUAUGCUGGACGAUGCGCGCUUUGGUGCAAAUGAAAUCGAGCUAAUGGAGUCUAUAUUGCUGCAUAAUAAUUUAUCCAUGCAUCAGUUUGUGGAUCAACUGCGCUGGGAUUGUCAUGAGAUAUUGCAUCGCUGUCGCUAUCAGGGCGAGGUAAUGGAUUGCACCAAGCUGUUUAAGCUGUCAAAGACUUUCUUUGGACACUGCUGUUCAUUUAAUCUGCGGCAAAUUGGUUUUAACUUUACAGCACGCGCUGCAGCUGGCGGCUUGGAGCAAGGACUUUCGCUUAUAUUGCGCUACAAUGACGAGAACUACGACUCCUUGCAGUCGUAUUCACAUGGCUUCAAGCUGCUUAUACAGGAGACAGAUGCAUUUCCCAGUGCUCAUGCUGUGUGCAAGUUUGUUGGACUCAACACCGAAGCCUUUGCCACAAUACGCGUCGAGGAGACUUUCUGCUCGCCCGCAGUCAAGGCGCUGUCCAUUGCCGAGCGCAAUUGUGUGUUCAGCAAUGAGUUCCAGCUGCGCUACUUUCCAGAGUAUGUGUAUCCCAACUGUGAGCUCAACUGCAGAGUCACCAACAUGAUUAAGUUCUGCGGCUGUCACACCUACUUCUUUGACUAUAAUCGCACCAGCGAACGCAUUUGCACCUUUAGGGACAUACCCUGUCUGGUGGAUCACUUUCCUGACAUUAUAACACGACAGCGUAAAACGCAAUGCAAUUGUCCUUUGACCUGUGAAAAGUUUGACUACGAUGUGCAAAUCUCCAGCUUUGCGCUAGAGCGCAACAUGCCAGUCAUGGAUGAUUUCUACGCUGAUCUGGAGGAAGAUGAUGCUGUUUUGCAUGUGUUUAUCAACUCGCAAGUUUACAGACGCGUGCGCGUCGAUCUGCUCUCCAAUAUGGUUAAUCUAGUUUCCAAUUUGGGCAGCGCCUUUAGCCUUUUCGUUGGCAUUAGCAUGUUGUCUGUAGUAGAAAUUAUUUACUACUUUACUGUGAUUUUGCGGCGAAAUUAUUUGCUGGAACAACGCGCCAGGCAGAAGCUACAAAGAUUCUACAAGCGUCCACACUUUAGCUGGCAGCCCAGCAAACGCAAAACUGACAAUCAGCUCAAAUCGAUUUUCUCUAUCUCGGGUCGUAAGUAA